GUCUCCUGCGCAUGCGUAGCGUCCGAAAGCGUCCAUCGACAGCAUUUCUCGGCUAACGUUGACUAAUUACUUGAAAACGAUGCACAUAUUUAUCAGUUGUUCGCACCCUACUUAAUCUGGACGGUAACACUCCGGUCUCGGGACGAGCUGCAUGGGACUUUCAUCAUUAUUUCGAUAUUUUAUCCGCAGUGGGUCUUUGUUCUCCGCGGCCGUAAAACUCCAUUAACCGUCAUUCCUCUGUUGUCCUCCUGCAGUCACGCUGUAGCCUCAUUGGGCUCCGGUGACUGAGGAGCUGGCUCAGCGGUUCUGACUGUGGUACUUUUAGAGACAUGGCUCGUACUUGACUGCGCCCGACCAACAAGUGUGUCCCGCUCCAGUGGGGAAUGGGGAACCGGAGUCAGUAGCUCUGCUGAAACGGUGGUGUUCGCCUGCGCUCAGCAAGUUCACCAUGAUGUCCAUGACUUUUGAAGUGUCGAGCAGCGUGACGCUGCUGUUUGACUUCUGGGAUGUGCACGGGCCUGCAGGGAUGGUGCUGUCGGUGAUUGUGGUCCUUUUGCUGACGGUCUUCUAUGAGGUUCUCAAAGUAUGGAGGGUGUGGCUAGGGAGUAGGUCUAAGCUGGCCCAGCCCCAGUCUCCAUACGCCAUCCCUCCUUCCCACCGCACUGACAACAGCUCCGUACUGGAAAGCAGUCCCUCCGAAUCCUCGCUGACCCCCAUCGAGUCGCAGCCUUCUGCUCCAGACACCACAAACAGAUAUUUGCUGCAUGGUAUCCAGACUCUCCUCCACAUGCUGCAGGUGUCUCUGGGCUACAUGAUCAUGCUUUGCGUCAUGUCCUACAACACCUGGAUCUUCAUCGGGGUUGUCGUGGGCUCGGUCCUCGGAUAUUUCAUCUCAUUUCCUUUCGUGGGUCACACCUGAUGGUCUGGACAGUUCAGACAGAGGACAGUGUUUUGUUGUUUUUUUUUCUCCUUUCACUUCCCCACAAGUUAAAGGGAUCUCCCGCUUUAGAUACUAAAUGGGAAACUAGAUGACUAACUUCUUUCUAUGUGCUGCUCUGUUGCUCUGUAGUGAGCACAGUAAGCAUUAUUGAAGGUUUUAACAGUGCAGGGGCACAAAGGGGAACCACUACUGAAGAAUGAGCUGCACAGCCCUUACUAUUAGAUAAAACUCUAGAUUGUUGACAUUUUCUAUCAUUACUGUCAUUUUGUCUCCAGUGCCUGGCCUCAGGACUCGGUACGAAUGGGUUCCAAUUACAUUUGAAUUGACACUACCUUUUUUUGGUACUUCACUCUCUAUGUAAUAACAUAAAUGUAACUUCAGUUGUAAAAUAAAAUAAGUUAACAAUUUCUAAUUUGAACAUGUCACACACAUAAAAUACAAAACUUUAACCUCUCCACCCCAAAACCCAUCCCUUCAACCUCGAGCCUAUAAAAGUCUGCAGGACAUAGCCUGAGACAGUGGAGCAUUUGCCAGCACAUUAAAAAUGCUAAGCCAACAGUUAUCGCAGAAGUUAAGUACCUGAAGAUGUGGAAGUGGUCGAUAUCUCACCUUCAGUCGAUUCAACCAUGGAGUGUUCAACUUCUUCUGCAUUGGCUGCAGGCAGGCUAAUGUUAGCUGCUGUUGUCUGCACAAAGUGUAACCACAAAGGCAACCACUUUGGGACCACCAUGUCUCAGACUGUCUAUACUCCAAAGACACCUGCUCAGGUACCCAAACUUGGCACCAAUCGAUUGAACAGGAAUCCCUACUCUUAUUACCAACGUUAUCAAAGCCAAUGACUGACUUGAUAACUUGAAGAACAUUUGUCAUUGACAGUAGGGACUGAGUGUAUAAUUUAAUGUGGCUAAUGGCCUGGCAAAUGUCCAAAGCAAAAAACCAGCUGUAAGAAUUGCGAUUGAACCUAGAAACCCAGAUCUCAGUGCUCUGAGAAGGCAGAGUAGAAACUGGUUUUAGGCAGGUUUUAUUAUUUACUGAUCUUGUAGAAAAAAAUGAGCGGUCUUAAGUUCUGGUGGUAAGGGAACACACCCAUUUACUGUGGAAACAGACUCUGACACAACACUUCGCAGUGUAGAGUUUCCACAGUUAUUCCACUUGGAAGUGAUCUGUACAUGGCUGGUGUCAUAUAGCCACAGCCAUUACACUGUGCAGUAUUUACCUCAGAGUGAUAAGGUAGCAGAAAAAAAUUCUGUUGCCAGCGAGACGAUAGAGAGAAAUAACCUGUUUUUGGGGCAAACAUCUAUGUGAGUAAUGAAAGAGGGAUUUCGGUGUAGUUUUAGUUAGAGGAAUGCAUUUGACACAUCCACAGCAGAGGCACAUCAAAAACUCAGAGACAGGAAGUCAUUCUUCUAUGAUUGCUUCUGUAAUUACUUUUUUUUUUUUCUCAUCCACCAUGACAGACUGUUACAGUUCCCUGUAUAUCACUAAACAAUUUGAGUGGUUAAUGACACUACAAAACUAGACUUUCAGUCAUGAAAGGAGAGCUCUGACUAUGCUGAUGAGACAUUGCUACUGUAACCUUUAGAGUGAAACUCGUACUGAUGACUGUCAUGUUUUUUGAUGGCUUAAUAUUUGAUUGGAACCAACAACAUAUUUUCAUACAUACAGUAUUGAAGUAUUAUGCAUAGUUUUCUGUCUUUUGCAUUUUUUGGGGGAGUGAAACCUAAAAACAGACUCUGACUUUGAACUGGGAUUUACAGUCAGAGGUCAUAUGACUCAGAUUCAGGAACUGAAUCAUGGGAUUGCAGCUUGUAAACUUCCCUCUUGUGUCAUCUUGUUUCUCACCACGUAUGUCUGGGGAUAGUGAAAGUUGAUCAGGAGGGUUUUGUGGCAAUCAUUGAAAACUACAAAGAAGCAAAAGAGUGCCUUGCAACUGACAUCUCCGAUGUGUUUUCUAUUCAAAUAUGCUUGUCUCUUUUAUAUUUCUAAAACUAAUUCUGAUAAAAAAAAAAAA